AUGGUUGGACACAGUGGCAAGAAUGGCUGCCGCAUCUACUGUGAAGUAAGUGGAAGACGUAAAACUCGGGGGACACAUUAUUACCCUACACUUCUGAAGCCACGAGAUCGGUGUGCACCAGGCAGUGCGCAUGAUGAUGUCAACAUCUUGACUCUCCCUCUCGGUGGUUCUGCCAACUACGCUGACAACUUGUAUCGACUUGUAUCCUCUCCAAGCCAGUGA